AUGGACGACGCCGGACCGCCGCCCGCCGCCUCCGUCGACGUCGCCGGCGCCUCCGCCAGGACGAAGUCCUUCCUCGGCCUGUCCACCCCGUUAGAGAUCGCGGUGGCCGCCGCCAUCGUGCUCGUCCUCGUCAUGUCGGCCGCAACAAUCGCCGCGUACCUCACGCGCCGGCGCGGCGCCAAGCGGCCGCAGUCCUCGCGCGUCGACCACGCGCUCUCCUCUGGCUCGUCGCUGCUCCCGACCUCCACGCCCAAGCAGCAGCCGAAGUACGUGGAGGUCGGCGGGGCGGAGGUCGGCACGAGCUCCUCCGACGUGGCCAGCUCGUCCGCGGCGGCUAGCUCCCUCGACUCGCCGGUGAAGAGGAAAGUGGGGAGGAUCAGCGGCGCGGCGCCCGGGGUGGAGAUGGGCUGGGGGCGGUGGUACGAGCUGGAGGAGCUGGAGGCUGCCACGGGAGGGUUCCGCGAGGCGAACGUGGUCGGGGAGGGAGGCUACGGCACGGUGUACCGCGGCGUGCUCGCCGACGGCGAGGUGGUCGCCGUCAAGUUCCUGUUCGAUCACAAGGGUCAGGCCGAGCAGGAGUUCAAGGUGGAGGUUGAAGCUAUCGGCAGAGUGAGGCACAAGCACCUCGCCGGCCUCAUCGGCUACUGCGCGGAAGGGCCUAAACGGAUGCUCGUGUACGAGUUUGUUGAGAACGGCAACUUGGAGCAGUGGCUGCACGGCGACGUUGGCCCCGUCAGCCCGCUGGCAUGGGAGACACGGCUCAACAUCGCCAUCGGGACGGCCAAAGGCAUCGCGUACCUGCACGAAGGGCUGGAGCCGAAGGUGGUGCACAGGGACAUCAAGUCCAGCAACAUCCUCCUGGACAAGAAGUGGAACGCCAAGGUCUCCGACUUCGGCAUGGCCAAGGUGCUCGGCCCCGGCUCCAGCUACGUGACCACGCGCGUCAUGGGCACCUUCGGGUACGUGGCCCCCGAGUACGCGUCGACGGGGAUGCUCAACGAGAGCAGCGACGUCUACAGCUUCGGGGUGCUGCUCAUGGAGCUCGUCUCCGGACGGAGCCCCGUCGACUACAACCGGCCGCCCGGCGAGGUGAACCUGGUGGAGUGGUUCAAGGGGGUGGUGGGGAGCCGGCGCGUGGAGGACCUGCUCGACCCGCGCAUCCAGCCGGCGCCGCCGCCCAGGGCGCUCAACAGGGUGCUGCUCGUCUGCCUCCGCUGCAUCGACUCCGACGCACACAAGCGGCCUAAGAUGGGGCAGAUCGUCCACAUGCUCGAAGGCGACGACUUCCCCUUCCGCACCGAGCACCGUUCGCCGAGGGCGGCUCACCGGCCGUCCACCAACGCGCGGACGUCGCUUCUGGCCGAGAAGGCCGGGGCCGAUGACGCGGACAAAUCGACGUGGAGAUAAGCGGUCACCUUGCCUGACGCGAGGGCUGCUGAGCUGACUUUUCUUCUCUGUGGUGUACAUUUUUGUUUCCUUAUCGCGCUCUUCGGUUUGGAUUUAUGGUCUUUUGCCGUAGCAAUGCGUAGCUGACAUGACCGGCAUUUGGUUAUUGUUGAUUUUGUAAUACCGUGGGGGACAAUACCUG